AUGGUUGUGCACCGCUGUCCCCAGCUCCUGCAGCACCCACUGACCAAGGCCUGGCUCAGACACAAGUGGAAGUCCUAUAACAAACCCAAAAACUUGACAGAAGAUGAGUUCUGCAGAGUUAAUAAAAAACCUGACGAGCUCACGACUGCUGUGAACUCUACUUCCUCAGUCCAAGAAGCCAAUGCAACUUCUCUUCGACCUCUUGACGUAGGAGAAGCUAAUGCAACCUCUCCUCGGCCUCCUGACGUGGCAGAAGGAGUUGACAGCUGGGAUUCCUCGCAGUCCCAUUUCUGUCAUGCGGUGCUCUGUAUCUCACUCAUCUUUCAGAUCGUUCUGGAGGCCAAUUACAUCCGGAAGUUACGCUGCCAGUACGUAAACAUCACAUCUCUGGUUUCCUUCAUGUGCAUAAUCCUGUGUGUUGUGCUUCUGCUGCCUACGUCCGUCUGCAGCCUACAGCAUGGAAUCAAAUCGGUCCCCAUUUGGCAGUGUGGUAUCAUAGCUUUGGUCUUGGCCUCGUUCCGCCUCAUCAGCACCAUCAACCGACUCCCUGCUUUCUCCGUAUUCACAUCAAUAACUCAGAGUUUCAUCAUGAGUUACCUGAAGGGCGUGAUGUAUGUCUUGGCCAUCAUCUUCCUCUUCGCCCUCAUUUUUCACCUCCUCCUCUCCAAUCUGCUGUCUUUCGUCACGCUUCCCCAGGCACUAGUGAAGAUGGUCGUGUGGAUGCUGGGAGACCUUGGCUACGAUGACACCUUUAUAAAUAACACUCUGAAUUAUCCGUACCUCGUCAACUGCCUUUUCCUCGUCUUCCUCUUCACGAUCGGAGUGUUCCUCGUCACCUUGCUCAAAGCGCCCUCGACCGAUAUUAACAAAAUCAAGUUUUACCGCAUGGCGAGGCAAGCUCAGAUGUACUUCACGAUUGACAUCAGUUUCCCGAGCUUCAAGAGGUCCCACGCGAUUGGGAAGUUUUGCGACAAGGAACACAGAGUUCUGGAUCGUCUCCAAGCUCGAGAAAAUAUUGAAGCGCACUGGCUGGUGGUUAAAGUCGAGGAUGUGUUGAACAUGUUUACGUCAGAGACAGAGGAAGAUGACUCCCAGCGUUUCCCAGACGUCGCUCAGGAGCACAUUGCUAAUCAGAGUGAAAAGUUGGAUCAGUUAUUAGUGCUGUAUAAUCAGCUACAUGAAAGCUAUCAGAAACAGAAUGAACAAAUGAAUGAGCUAAGAAAUCAGAUAGACAGUUUAAAGCUCCACACAUUCUAA